UCCACUCUAUUGAAAAAUGGUCAAAAUCGAACGAGAACGCUCGGACCCUCGUCAAUGAUUAUUCGCCGAGUCUCCCAAUUUCACGUAAACCCGAACGUAUAUGGUCGCUUCCUCACCAGGGCGGGAGAGACCGACUGGAAGAGGAAGACUUGCAGAAAGCGAAAGCUAAUUAAGCCGUUUCCAUUUCCAUUUCCACCUCCCUUCGCUUUGUUCCCUCCCAUAGCAUCGCGAGAGAGAGAGAGUGUGUGUGUGUGUGAGAGAGAGGGAUUCUGGCAAUGGCGUCUCCAACUUCGUCGUGUAGCUCAUCGUAUUCGUCUCCAUUUUCGUCCUCCAAGUUCUCGUCUCUUCCGGUAAUGUCGCUCAGGGGGAAAAUCGUCGAGAAAAUCAUCGAAAAUCGCGUCACUCUCAUCGUCGGCGAGACUGGCUGUGGAAAGAGCUCGCAAGUUCCACAGUUUCUCCUGGAGGAAGGCAUGGAACCCAUACUUUGUACACAACCUAGGAGAUUUGCGGUCGUAGCUGUUGCUAAAAUGGUUGCAAAGGCUCGAAACUGUGAAGUGGGAGGGGAAGUUGGAUAUCACAUAGGUCAUUCGAAGCACUUAUCACCAAGAUCAAGGAUAGUUUUUAAAACUGCUGGAGUUUUGUUGGAUGAACUGCGAGAAAAGGGAAUGAAUGCACUCAAGUACAAGGUUAUUAUUCUUGAUGAAGUACAUGAAAGAUCAAUAGAAUCUGAUCUCGUUCUUGUCUGCCUGAAGCAGUUUCUGAUAAAAAACAAUGACCUCAGGGUGGUCUUGAUGUCUGCCACAGCAGAUAUUACACGAUACAAGGAUUACUUCAAGGAUCUUGGCAGGGGGGAACGAGUUGAAGUGCUUGCAAUCCCCAUGUCCAACCACAAAACCAUAUUUCAGCAAAGUGUUUCAUAUCUUGAACAGAUAACUGAACUUUUGGGAAUAAGUUCAGAGUUACUAUCCUCAACAUAUAGUUCUGGUCCUAGCCCUUCCAUGGCUAAUGCUAACAUUAAGCCUGCUGUACACAAACUUAUUCAUAAUCUGAUAUUGCAUAUCCAUGAGAAUGAGCCAGACAUUGAAAAGAGCAUUUUGGUUUUCCUUCCAACAUACUAUUCACUGGAGCAACAAUGGAAACUUCUGACGCCGCUUAGUUCAUCUUUCAAAGUUCACAUUUUACAUAGCAGUAUUGACACUGAACAAGCUCUUAUGGCUAUGAAGAUCUUGAAGUCCCAUCGAAAGAUAAUAUUGGCUACUAAUAUUGCGGAGUCCUCGGUCACAAUACCUAAGGUGGCAUUUGUUAUUGAUUCGUGUCGAUCUUUACAAGUUUUCUGGGACAGUAACCGGAAAAAGGACUCUACAGAGCUUGUUUGGGUUUCCAAAUCUCAGGCUGAGCAGCGCAGAGGAAGAACUGGUCGAACUUGUGAUGGCCAGGUUUAUCGGUUGGUUACAAGUUCAUUUUUCAGCCAACUUAAGGAAUUUGAGCCCCCAUCUAUACUGAGGUUAUCACUGAGGCAGCAAGUUCUUUUGAUCAGCUGUGCUGAAUCUAAAGCCAUUAAUGAUCCCAAGGCCUUGUUGCAGAAGGCUCUAGAUCCACCAAAUAUUGAAGUUGUUGAAGAUGCAUUGAGUUUGCUUGUUCACAUGCAUGCAUUGGAGAAGACAUCUCCAAGAGGCCGGUAUGAGCCUACAUUUUAUGGACGAUUGCUUGCCAGUUUUUCAUUGUCUUUUGAUGCUGCUGUGCUAAUACUAAAGUUUGGAGACAUCGGAAUGCUGCGUGAAGGCAUUGUGCUGGGUAUACUAAUGGAUACACAGCCUUUACCCAUUCUUCAUCCUUUUGGAGAGGAAGAUUUGUUCACUGAGUACCUUGACUGCUACUUUGGUGGAGAGAGUUAUGAUAAAGUCCUACCUGGACGAAAGGAGGUGAUAUUCAUGGGAAACUUAUGUGCAUUUCAAUUCUGGCAACGUGUUUUCAAGGAUAAGCAUCGUCUUGAACAUUUGAAGCAACUUUUGAAGUUCAAUGAUGUAAAAGCUGCCACAUCACUGCUACCCAGUGUUGAAGAAGAAUGGUGCUCCUUCCAUAACCUUGCACAGUCAUCACUACGGCAUGUCUCAGAAAUAUAUGAAGAUGUACUAAGUUCAGUGCACCGUUUUCGGCCAAAACUUCUGGCUACAUCGAAUGGCAUGCCAUUGUACUAUGAUCCUUAUGAAUUUGAACACACGUGCCUUCUCAAAUUUCAUCCAGAUGGUGAUACUGAUGAACCUCCUGCGGAUGAUGAGCCUCUUCAUCCAUCUAAUGAAAUAAGGAAAUGCCUUGCUGUACCAUAUGUUGCUUCCCAUAACUUUCAGAACAGUGAUGUGGUUGAAAAGUUAGUAGCUACUAUUAAAGAGAUAAAAGUUCUAUAUACAGAAGACAAAUGUGGUAAUCAGCAAAGAAAUGUUGAUGUUGGUUCUCAUGUCAAUGGAGAGGCUCCUAUAUGUGUUUUUUUUAUUAAUGGAUCCUGCAACAAGGGCAGUCAAUGCUUGUUUUCUCAUUCACUUAAAGCAAGAAGACCCAUAUGUAAAUUCUUCUUUUCUUUACAGGGUUGUCGAAAUGGAGGUUCAUGUGUAUUUUCUCAUGAUCUGGGUCCAUCAGUAUCUUCUAGCUCAACUUUAUGCCUUCCAGAAGAUGGUGAUGCAAAUGCUGCAUCCCUUAUACGAUUGUUCCCCAUAUCUUCAAAUGGAUGCAUUCUCCUAUUGGAUGACAUGGACUUGCACUUCUCCUCAAAUCUUGCUGGCCACUAUAAUCCGUCUAAAAUAAUUUCCACAACAUGUUUGUCUGAUACCUUCAUCUGUAACACAUCUUUGACAGGUGUCAGGAUUUUGUGGGGCCUUAAGCACCCAUAUGAGACCCUCAUUGCCAAAGCAGGAGAGAAUUUGAUCCCAUGGAAAGAUGUCAAGUGUGUGCUAUGGUUUCCGAACUUUGAUGGUAAUGAUGAAAAUUUGGAUGGACAAAAAGCUGUCUUGCAGAAUUUCUUCGAGUAUCUCGCCAUCCGGAUAUUGGCCAAUGCCUUGUAUGAAGUGCAAGUUAUCCUCACUCUGAACAAUGUCCGAUUUUCACAACUACAGGUUGAAAGGUUGGGCAAUGAUUGCUUCUUCUUCCUCACGGAGUCAUUUCCAUUUGAUGAAACAAGCUUCGGGAAGUUGUCGGACCCGAUCAUCACGAAGAAGCCGAUGUUGGUAUCGAGGCCCAUCUCUUAUGUUUUUGACCUGCACCCACCUUCCGACAUUCAGUUUGGUAAUUAUGCAGCUACACUCCAAAAAGGAUUGCAUGAUAUCUAGAGAAACUCUUAAGAAGAGGAUUUCCUGAGGGGCCUGUGCGACAACAAAGCUACUUGCUUUAGAAUUGGUAAUAAGAUCUAUACAUGUUGCUACUGGUAAAGUUAAGUUGCGUUUGGGUACUCGUGUGGUAGUUAUAACAUUAUUGGCUGUGUUUGUCGGGUUUUAUAACGUAAUUUUUAGUCUACUAAAUACAUUAUAUAAAAAAAACAGUAAAUAUUGUAUUUAAAUGAUCCUGUGUGGGAAUAUUAUUUUGU